UCGGCUUGGUAUUUUGUUAUUACUAUUAUUUUUUUUGUAUUAGUAUCAGCGUUAUGAAGAUCUCCAUAGUCAUUCUGUGCAAAGUAGAGUGAAAGGGGCGGCCAGGCUGCGAUGUCCCUCUAAGGCUGCGUGUGGGGCAGCGGUAUAGAAGAUAUGAUGGAAAACAAAGAAAGCUUGGCAGAAAUCAUGCCAAACAUUGAAGAUAAACCUGGACGGCAAGUACUCCAUGCUGUGCCUAGCCAAACUCUUGCAAGUGACGAGAAGCUUAAACUUAAUUACCCUCUUAUUAACAUGAUCCAAAAACUGACUGCCAUGGUGAACAGUGACAAAUCUGACAAAUGUAUGGAAGGGAAAAAGCGUUCAUACCCUGCUGAUUCCACACAGUCGCCUGAAGUCUCGGGGGCCUGUUCUGUGCCACCCAGAGAAGGCGAUCCCGUACCCCAAAUUUCCAAGAAAAGUAAAGUAUCCCAAGACGGUUCCUCAAGUGACUUAAACGAAAUUUUACAAAGUAAUAGGAAAGUAAUAAAUUAUCAGUGUAACAUUUGUAAAUUCACAUCAUCCUCUUUUGAGGUGCUCAAAGUACAUGUACUAAGUCACGGACAGCAGAACGAAAUCAUUCUAAUGUGCUCUGACUGUCACCUGACUUUUAAAAGCCAUGAUGAGUUGGAGCAACAUAUUAAAACACAUUGCGAAGCCACAAGUGUAGCACCUCCACCGCUUAAAGACCACGCGGCAACGGAUAAGCAAACAUCUGCAUGUUCAAACAUACCUGAGCCCGGGCGGAAAAAAUGGUAUGCCUACGAAGAGUAUGGCCUAUAUCGGUGCUUGAUUUGUAGGUAUACCUGUGGUCAACAGAGGAUGUUGAAAACGCAUGCAUGGAAGCAUGCUGGGGAGGUGGACUGCUCUUAUCCUAUAUUUGAAGAGGAGAAUGAGUCUGCUAGUCUGCCAGAUUUCACUGUGGCACAUACCCCCCAGGAAAGUGAAUCUGUAUUAUCCCAAGAGGUGGAACAUGAAGGUACUGUUCAGAUGCUUGUCUGUGACUCACUUCAGGUGCAGGAAUCUUUAUCGUUGGAAGGAGUCAUAAAAGAACACAAGGUUGUAAGCCAAGCUCCAGCUCCAGUGACUGAAGUAAUUGUGGUAGAAGAUACUUUAUUGGAAGCAGACCAAGAAAAUAUGAUUGCCAAUAGCCUGCUCUCCUCUGCACAUCAAAUAAUUAAUUGUAGUCCAAACAAGAAAGGCCAUGUUAAUGUAAUUGUGGAGCGUUUGCCUGGUAGUGAAGAGACCACAUCACAAAAGACUUUCUUGAUGAAUUCCGAAGUUGUGGUGAAAAGAAAGAAGAUACUCGAAGAAUCUCAGGUUGUAUCGGAUGCUCCUCCUGAUUUGUAUCACGCCGACAAGAAUGCUGUAGAAAAUGAAGAGAUUGUUAUAGGUUGGAGCAGCACAGUUAAAAACGGGGAAUUCCAAGCAACAAAUGAAAAUUCUCCACCUGUACGUCGGAGGACAAACUCCGAAUGUUUAAGGCUGCAUUCACUGGCUGCCGAAGCCCUUGUGACCAUGCCAAUCAGAAUUAUCGAAUGUCCCAAAUCCAAUCUUCGACUUUUCAGUGAUCCCAGUUCCAUUGACCCUGACACCGGGCAGCAAGAAUGCAAUGCAAACCUCGUAACGUGCCCUAAAGUAGAUUCUUCUGACGUACCCAAAAAAUGUAAUGGCUUUUCCCCAAAUCUUAUACAAGAGGACGAUAAAGUAAAAAAUGAACUGACUGAGGAGCCUAUAAAAACUGGUAUUAGCAUGUCAUUGCUAAAAGUCAUUGAAAAGUUAAAGGAACGGACAGAUCAGAAUGCUUCGGAUGAGGAUAUUUUGAAAGAGUUACAAGACAAUGCCCAAAGUGAGUCUACAAGUGAUGUUAGCACAGGCAAUAGCCUUGUGGAGUUUCUGCCUACUUCUGAGCGACCUUACCGAUGUCGUUUGUGCCAUUACACUAGUGACAAUAAAGGGUACAUAAAGCAGCACUUGCGUGUCCACCGCCAGAGAGAGCCCUAUCAGUGCCCAAUUUGUGAACACAUUGCUGAGAAUAGUGAUGAUUUGGAGAACCAUAUGAUCAACCAUUGCAAAACAAGAACUUAUGAAUGCAAACAUUGUGCAGAAUCCUUUUACUAUAAGAACCAGUUAAGAACUCAUGAAUUGGAACAUGGCAGUCCUCCAGAUGUCCAUUCUGUAUCUGUGUCUACCGAAGAACCACAAGGCAGCAACGAUGAUACUGAAGAGAAAUACUCCACAGAAGCUAGCAAAGUUAACGCCCCUAAGCUGUACAAAUGCGAUGUGUGCAACUACACAAGUUCUACGUAUGUAGGUGUUCGAAACCACCGAAAGAUUCAUACUUCCGAUAAACCCUACAGGUGCUCACUUUGUGGAUAUGUGUGUAGCCACCCUCCCUCUCUAAAAUCUCACAUGUGGAAGCAUGCCAGCGAUCAGAACUACAACUACGAGCAAGUCAAUAAAGCUAUAAAUGAAGCAAUGUCUCAGAGUAGUAGGGCUCAGGGAGAGCCGCUAAAGGCCACUUUGCAAGAGGAUACUGGUGUCAAAGAAGAGAGCGAUGGUGGACAUACAGCCAGCCUGCCUGCAAAUGAAGGAACAGGUCCCACCGAAAGUUCAAAGGUCAAUAUCGCUCAGAUUACUAUAUGUAAAACAGAGGAAUUACAGAGUCCCACCCGACCAGAGCCAGAGAUAUGCGUUUUGCUGUUUUGCUGUUGCAUUUGCGGUUUUGAGUCUACAAGCAAAGAACUUCUGAUGGAGCAUAUGAAAGCACACGAAGGUGAAAUUAUUAACAUCAUCUUAAAAAAACACGACUCAUAGUAAAUGACAGCUGCGACCCCGCUCAACGCAAAUGGUGUGUAACUGGUAUACGUAUGUGUCAACAUUCGGAAAACACGAAGAAAGGGAUUGGAAUAAUUGGAAAGUGGGAAAGAAUUAUUUUUUUUUAUCUCGCACACAAAAAAAAGUAAACCACCAAAAAAACUAAAACGCAAACUAUUUAUAAAGAACGUUGUAUGCACUUGGUAUACUGCAUCCUUAAGUCCGACAUUUCACGUUAUAUUGUUUACCUCUUCUAUAUAGACAUUUUAUUUAAUUUUUUUUGUUAAACCCAUAGCAAUUGCUUUUGGGGUAGACAUUAGCUAGAAUUUCCUGUUUUGUAGCAGAGUACAUAAUACUUGAGUAAGGGUCUGAUAGCCAAGAGAAUGUUUAAUAGACUUGCCUUAUGAACAGUAUCUAAAGGAUGUAUAAAUGUUUGGUUGAGUCUCAACGCUCGUAGUAACGAAGCCGUCUCUUCCGAAAAACAUCUUGCUCUUGACAUCCGCAUAGGUUAUUCUGGAAUAUUGAUUUGUUUACGAAAAUACUGCAUUGAUUAGAGUUGAUCUCUUGCACAUUUUUAAAGAGUUGAGUGCUACAACAUGCUAACGUAUAACGCAAAUAAAAAAAAAAAAUACUUACCCUUUCAUAGUUAGAAAGGUCUCUGCGCCUAAAAAACUGGUGCAGGUAUUUGUGAAAUUUUAUGAUCUACAGAUACAAAUUGCACGUUACUUUAGUCGUACAUUAUUGCGGA